AUGCCCGCGGCCGUGCUGCUCGGGUGGGAGCCGUCGCCCGCCGCCGCGCAGCUGCGGCGGCGGACGGCGCGGCUCGCGGCGCGGGCGAAGCAGGAGCAGCCACGGGGGGCUGGCGCCGUGGCGCAGCCCGCUCCGUUGGGGUCUCGACCGCAGGGCGUUGCUGGCAGCAGUUGGGAAACCUAUUGGUCGCCAGAGCUAUUCUUGUGCAAGGCCGACAUCUCCUCGUCCGCCAGCACACAGCCACCUUCCGCGGACGAGCUCGAGCCGCCCUGCAAGCCCUCUUCCAGCCUGGGUGCGGAGGGCGCCAAGGCGGUGCUGGAGCGGCCUUACCCGUUGCUCGCGCUGCCGCAUGCGGCCGCAGCGUUGCUCCAGCACGGCGCGGAUGCCUGCGGACACAUGCUGCAGGAGCCGCGGCCCGCGCCGGCCGUGGCCGCGGGCGCCGUCGCGGGGAGCUUCCUGCUGGGGCUCCACCACACGGCCGCGGUCGCCGCGGCGGGCGGCUCGGUACCCUUCGGCGGCGUCGCGUCGGCCUCCGUGGUGGCCCUCGGCUCCGCGAGCUGCCUGGCGUCCCUCGGCGCCGCGCCGGCCGACGGAGACACGGUGGCCCUGUGCCCGUGGUCGACCCUGGCGCUCGCGUGCUUGUGCAGCUUCCUGGCGCCGCUGCCGCUGGCCCCGCUGCCGAGCACGGCCGUUGCGAGCCUGGUCGGCCCGGUGCGUCUCGCACUCCCGGGCGCGGUCGGCGCGGUGGUCCUGUUCGAGCUCGGCCACCGGCACUGGUCGCGCAUCGACGGCGCGCGGGUGGCGCUCUUUCGGGAUGCGGAGAGGGAUCUGGACGUCUCUUCGUCUGACGACGGCGCGCAGUGGAACGAUGGCCUGCUUGGCCUGGUGCGGGAGCACUGGUGGCGCCAUUUUGGCGUACGUCCAGGAGGACAGCUGGGUGUCGGGUGCGCAUUCCUCGCCGUGGACGUGUCGAUAACCUAUUUCGCCACGCACUUGGAUCUUUUAGUGACGCAGUGGAAGAACACUUUCUUCAAUACGCUGCAGGCGAAGGACGUGGUCGGCUUCCACCACCAGCUCUGGGACUUCGUCCCCCUCACCCUGGCUUCCACCCUAGGCAGCAUCUACGGCAGCUACCUCACCACGUUGUGGGAUCUCCGCUGGCGGGAGGAGCUCACGCAGGAUUUCGUUGGCAUGUGGAUGGGCAUGAAGUCAUACUAUUACGUUCGCUUUGCGGACCAAGGUUCGGGGGCAUUGGACAAUUUCGACCAGCGGAUCGUGGAGGACACGUCGAUCUUCGUCAGCAACUCGCGGGCGCUGCUCUCUGGCGCCACAGGCGCGCUGAUCCGACUGAUGGUCUUUUUCCCGGCGCUCGUUCGAUUGGCGCCCAGCCCCACGGUCUGGCAGCUGUGUCUCGUGCUCUCGCUCGCGUCCAGUGUUGCCACGCAUCUCGUGGGACGCAGCCUCUCCAUGCGCAACGCGGCCCUGCAGCGGACCGAGGCCGACUUCCGCACGGCCAUGAUGCGCACGCGCCUGUUCGCCGAGCCCAUCGCGUUGCAGCACUCGGAGGCGGCCGAGAGCGCCGGCGCUAUGCACUACUUCGAGGGCAUCAAGGCGGCGACCUGGAUGGUGGCGCGUUCGGCGUUCAACCUGAGCACGUUCACCUCCGCCUACGGCCUAGUGGGCAGCGUUUUCCCGAUCUUGGUGCUGGUGCCGUACUAUUUCCACGGGGACAUCAGUCUGGGCCUCAUGUUCCAGAUAGAGGGUGUCCUCGGGGGCGUGAGGCAGAGCCUCGACUUCUUCAUCGGCGCGUACGGGGACAUCUAG